UUUUCAAAGUAAAAAUGUAAUUCUCUGUCAUUUGAAAAUGGCUAGUGCAAGAAGUCUAUUUGGAAUUUUUAGUUCAAAAUAUAUAUUAGUUUGUCCAAAUUCACAGAAUAUUAACAAAAUCUCAAGAAGGCUUUUAUAUCAGUGUUUUCAGUGCAAUAAUUCAAUAGUCUCCAGAUCCUUGAAUUACAGUAAUUUGAUUCUAAAUUCUUCAUUUUCACAAUUUCCCCAAAAAAGGAAGUUUCAUUCAACGUCAAUAUUCAGAGCAGCAAGAAAAGAUUAUUAUGAAGUUUUGGGUGUUGGUAGAAACGCAUCUACUGCCGAUAUUAAAAAAGCUUAUUACAAACUUGCCAAAAAAUAUCAUCCUGAUGUGAACAAAAAUGAUCCUGAAGCCUCAAAAAAAUUCCAAGAAGUUUCUGAAGCCUAUGAAAUUUUAGGAGAUGAAACUAAACGUAAACAAUUUGACACCUGGGGCUCUACAGCUGAACAAAUGGGUGGUAUGGGAGGUGCCGGAGGCAGAGCCUCUGGACCUCAAGGGUUCAGUCAACAAUGGCAAUAUCAGUCAACUGUAGAUCCAGAAGAAUUAUUUAGGAAAAUAUUUGGUGAUGCUUUUGGUAAAGGAUCCUCACCCUUUGACGAUUUUGCUGAAUCAAAUUAUGGAUUUGGAGAAGCUCAAGAAAUUGUUUUAAGAAUAUCGUUUGCACAAGCAGCUAGAGGUACUAACAAAGAUGUAAACAUAAAUGUAGUAGAUAAUUGCCCGAAAUGUAGAGGAUCCAGAUGUGAACCAGGUACGCAAGCUACAAAAUGCCAAUUUUGUAAUGGUACUGGAAUGGAAAGCAUCACCACAGGUCCGUUUGUAAUGAGAUCAACUUGUAGAUAUUGUCAAGGUUCAAGAAUGUACAUCAAACAUAAAUGUACAGAAUGUGAGGGGAAAGGAUCUACCGUACAAAGAAGAAAAGUCAGCAUUCCAGUACCAGCAGGUAUCGAAGAUGGACAAACAGUGAGAAUGUCUGUAGGAAAUAAGGAAUUAUUUGUGACAUUUAGAGUAGAUAAGUCCGAUUAUUUCAAAAGAGACGGUUCUGAUGUUCACACAGAGGCAGAAAUAUCAGUAGCCCAAGCUAUUUUAGGUGGUACUAUUAGGAUACAAGGAUUGUACGAGGAUCAUACUAUCCAAGUGAUGCCGGGAACAUCAUCACACACUAAAAUUCGUCUAAGUGGAAAGGGUAUGAAGAAAGUAAGCGGAUAUGGUCAUGGGGAUCAUUAUGUUACUUUUAAAAUUAAAGCUCCAAAACGUUUAGGUGACAAGCAGAAAGCAUUAUUAAUGGCAUAUGCUGAAUUAGAAGAGGAUACUCCUGGUCAGAUAUUGGGAGUUACGCUUAAGAAGAACGGAAUAAAAGAUGAUGAAAUACCAUUAGCUGGUUCUGAGCAGAAAACCCAAGCAAAACAUUCUGAGGAAGAGCCAGGGCUACUAAAUAAAAUAAAGAGGGCCAUUUUUGGUUAGGAAUUAAAAAAAUAAAAAUACACAAUAGUUUAUUCCAAUUUUAUUCUCAACAAGUGAUAAAUAUAUCAUUACACACGAUAUCUUGGAAUGUAUUUAAAUUGAUUGUUGCUUCUUAAAAUUAUAGGAAAUAAAACAUUUGCGACAAACGAAAAAUUGGCGCUUUUAGAUGCCAUUCGUUCAGUUUUAGAAGGUAAGAACACACCCGAUAAAGAUUCUACUAAUAUUGAUUUAAAUAACAAUAGGAAACAAGAGGUAAAUAAAUCGAAAACUACUAGAGGUAAGCAACAAGAUACAGAAGAUCUUAUUGAAGAAAGUUAUGUCGAAGUAGCCGAAAUGAAAAAUAAAAAUUAAUUUUUUUAAUUUCCUUUUAAAUAAGUUUUGUAAAAAUAUCGGGUUUUGACUUCUUUCUCAUUAGCAAUGUUUUUGUUAUAUAUUAAAUGUUACGUAAUAUAUGUUACCAAAG